AUGGCUGGUCAAGGUUGGGGCGAUGUGGUGGAAGAAGCCCAUCAAGCCCAUCCGCCCGCGCCAGGCCCCCCCGCGCCAUACAUGCACCCCGCUGGCGGGCCUUCCGCUCCGGGGGGACCCCGCGGACAGGGACCAAUUCUACGGCAGCCGAUCACGUCGUACGUCCCCCCCCACUUGCGCGGCCGCGGGCCAGUCGGCGGGGGAGAUUUUGCGCAGCCUCCGGGUAUGCCGGGGAUGGGCCCACCGGGAGCUCCCGGCCCUGCGCCGGUAGUUUCCUGGAAUGCGCCGGCGGGGGGAGCUGGCGGAUCGUGGGCGGAUCAGGCAGGCGCGACGGGUCCAGCAUACGGGGGACCUCCGCCAGGCGGCGCAUGGAACGGCGGAGCUUCAGGCGGAGGCGGCUGGGGUGGCGGAGGAUACGGCGGAGGGGGCGGAGGCGCCUGGCAAGGGGGGGGUGCCGGAGGCGGGUACGGCGGCGGCCGAGGGGGAUACGGCGGCGGGAGACGGGGCGGCGGCGGUGGCGGCGGCGGAGGGCCGCUGGGAGGGUUUAGCGGGUCAGGCGGCGGGCGGGAGGAGGAUCCGUUUUCGACGCAGACGAAGAAGGACUCAGAGGCGGUGUUUGAGAACCACCAGAACACGGGCAUUAACUUCGACGCGUACGAGGAUAUCCCCGUCGAAACCAGCGGCGACAAUGUCCCCCCCGCCAUCACUGCUUUCGACGGAUCGGGGCUCCAGCCCGCGGUGAUGGAGAAUGUGAAGCGCUGCAACUACUCCAACCCCACGCCAGUGCAGCGGCACGCCAUCCCCAUCUCGCUCGCGGGGCGCGACCUGAUGGCGUGCGCGCAGACGGGGUCCGGCAAGACGGCCGCGUUCUGCCUGCCCAUCAUCUCCGGCAUCCUCGCCGCCGGGCCGCCGCCCGACCGCCCCCGCUUCGGCCGCAAAGCGUUCCCGCUCGCGCUGAUUCUGUCGCCCACGCGCGAGCUCACGAGCCAGAUCCACGCGGAGGCCUGCAAGUUUGCUUACAAGACUGGCCUGCGCGCAGUCGUUGUUUAUGGCGGUGCCCCUGCCGGCCAGCAGAUGCGGGAGCUGGAGAGGGGAGUUGAGAUCCUUGUCGCCACGCCUGGAAGGCUGUGCGACAUGCUGGAGCGAGGAAAGGUAUCCCUCACCAUGGUGCGCUACCUUGCUCUCGACGAGGCCGAUCGCAUGUUGGACAUGGGCUUCGAGCCGCAGAUCCGGCGCAUCGUGGAGCAGGAAGGCAUGCCGCGCGCGGGCGAGCGCCAGACGCUCAUGUUCUCGGCCACGUUCCCCAAGGAGAUCCAGCGCCUGGCCGCCGACUUCCUGGCCAACUACGUGUUCCUCACGGUGGGGCGCGUGGGGUCGUCCACGGAUCUCAUUCAGCAGCGCGUGGAGUAUGUGCCCGAGCAUGACAAGCGGUCGGUGCUCAUGGAUCUAAUCCACGCGCACCACACCUCCAACGGCGCUACUGGCAACGCGGGCGGGCUCACACUGGUGUUUGUGGAGACCAAGAAGGGAGCGGACUCGCUGGAGGACUGGCUGUGCCGCAACGGCUUCCCCGCCACGUCCAUCCACGGCGACCGCUCGCAGCAGGAGCGCGAGUCGGCUCUGCGCUCCUUCCGCUCCGGCCGCACGCCCAUCCUCGUCGCCACCGACGUGGCGGCGCGCGGCCUCGACAUCCCGCACGUGAGCCACGUCAUCAACUACGACCUGCCCUCCGACAUCGAUGACUACGUGCAUCGCAUCGGGCGUACCGGGCGCGCGGGGAAGACUGGUUUAGCCACGGCGUUUUUCUGUGACAAGGAUACGAACCUGGCGCGGUCGCUGAUAGAGUUGAUGAGUGAGGCAAAUCAGGAGGUGCCCGGGUGGUUGCAGAACUUCGCGUCGCGGUCGGGGUAUGGUGGUGGUGGGAAGGGCAGACGAGGCGGCGGUGGAAACCGGUUCGGAGGGAGGGAUUUCAGGAAGGAGCGCGGGGGAGGGGGAGGGGGGUAUGGCGGGGGUGGGUAUGGCGGUGGGGGGUAUGGCGGCGGGGGAGGGUAUGGGGGCGGGUAUGGGGGAGGAGGGGGGUACGGUGGUGGUGGUUAUGGCGGCGGUGGUGGCGGGUACAGCAACGCUCCUCCAAGCGCCUGGGAUUAG